AAUUAAAAUAUUUUUUUUUAAUUUUUCAGCAUCCCAAAAAAAAAAAAAGAAAGAAAAAACUCACAUUCAUACCCGUUGCUCUCCUCUACCUCUUAUGUACAGUAACACCAAAUCUUUUUCAUAAGGUAAACGUUUAAAAAAAAAAAAAAACUUUUAAAGCACCACUAAAGAUUUAGGAGUUGAACUGGUUGGACCCAAAUUUUAAUUAAAAAAUUUUUUAAGCAGUUUCCAUAUUACAGUAUUUUUUUGUGGCACUUUUUAAACUUUUUCUUAAACCUUUUGAAAACAAAUAGUCAGAAAAUAUUUAGACUUUAAAGUUUUUGAGCAAUUUUUGUUAAAUGAUUUAAUAAUAUAUAAGCCAGAGCGUCCAAAUAUCAGAAACUUUAACUCAAUUUGUUAAAAGCUCAAAUUUCUUCAGUUUACCACUUUUUUUUAAUCCUUUUUUUUUUAUCAUUUUUAACUUUUUGAGAAUUUGUUUUAUACUAUUGAAACAAUGCUCAUCUUGUGGCCUUUUUGUAUAAUGCUAAAAGGACAACGACUUCUCCCCUAGCCUUUCUUUGCGUUUGUGCUGUCUCGACAACACAAACAUACUUACAAACAUAUAAUUUUCCGGGCGUGCUGCCAUCCUGCCCCCUGGGUGAUGCCGAGUGGCAGCAUGAGUGGGGGCCUGUCUGGACCCACUUCCCCGCCCCACCCCACUGUUCCAUCCAGACCUCUCCGGCCUAGUCGCUACGUGCCGGUCUCUGCGGCAACGGCCUUCUUGGUUGGAGCAACCACCCUCUUCUUCUGCUUCACGUGCCCUUGGCUUUCAGAGCAGUUUUCCGUCGCUGUGCCGAUAUACAAUGGCAUUAUAUUUCUAUUUGUUCUGGCCAACUUCUGUAUGGCCACCUUUAUGGAUCCUGGCAUCUUCCCCAGAGCUGAGGAAGAUGAGGAUAAAGAAGAUGAUUUUCGGGCUCCUCUUUACAAGACUGUGGAAAUUAGAGGCAUUCAAGUGCGGAUGAAGUGGUGCUCCACCUGCCGUUUCUAUAGACCCCCGCGUUGCUCACACUGCUCUGUGUGCGACAACUGUGUGGAGGAUUUUGACCAUCACUGUCCGUGGGUCAACAACUGUAUCGGCCGGAGGAACUACCGUUAUUUCUUCCUGUUCCUGCUCUCUUUGACGGCUCACAUAAUGGGCGUGUUUGGCUUCGGCCUGCUUUACAUUCUCUACCACACCCAGCAGCUGGACAAAGUGCAUUCGGCUGUCACUAUGGCUGUCAUGUGUGUCUCUGGGCUUUUCUUCAUCCCAGUAGUGGGUCUCACUGGUUUCCAUGUCGUUCUGGUGGCAAGAGGCAGGACCACCAAUGAGCAGGUAACAGGGAAGUUCAGGGGAGGCGUGAACCCAUUCACAAACGGCUGCUUGAGGAACGUCUCGCAUGUUCUGUGUAGCUCACAGGCACCCAGGUAUCUGGGUAGAAAGAGGAAGGCUCAGACAGUGUCUGUUCAGCCUCCUUUCCUCCGACCGCAGCUUACUGAGGCUCAACUGGCAGCCAAGGUGCUCGACAACGGAAUCCAAGGAGACCUUCACCGGUCUAAGAGCAGUUUGAUGGAGAGUCAGUCUGCUGACGCCGAGCCUCCACCUCCACCUCCACCCAAACCAGAGCUCAGAUACCCUGGGCUGUCACGAGGACCUGCCGGACACUCUGAGGAGAGUAGUCUGUUGAAUAAAGCCCCGCCCACCCCCACCAUGUUCAAAUACAGGCCCACCUACAGCGGUCCGGGCAAGAACCACACUGCCCUUACACAUGCCUAUGCCAACCAGAUGAGUCGUCGGGACAGUCUUAAAGAGUCCUCAUCCUCUCUCCUCCAGUCCAGUCAGCAGCCAGGCUAUCGCUCUGAGCCCAGUCUGGAUGGGCACGAGGGGGGUGGAGUUGAACGAAGCGGGCCAGAGCGAACAGGUGGGGGUCCUGGAGGACCUCCAGGCUCAGGAAUCACAGGAUACUCCCUAGGAGGGCGUUCAUAUCCCUCCUUCUCUGAUCCCACAGUUCUUGCCGGAGGGGCCUCGCGGUCCUCUAGUGUUCGCUCUUCUCACAAUGCCCCACCAUCUGAGGCUACCACCUCCACCAGCUACAAGAGCUUAGCCAAUCAGACGCCACCACCGGCUCCUCGGAACGGCAGUCUGUCAUACGAUAGUUUGCUCACACCUUCCGAAAGCCCCGAUUUUGAGUCGGCAGUGCCAGAGAUGUCACCAGGGCGACCGCGCACCCCUGUAGUUGGAUACAGUUCACCUUACCUGUCGGCACAGAUCGCCCAGCAACGGGAGGCAGAGCUCCACCAGCCGUGUGCCUCCAGCACCGCCCUCCUUGCCUCCCCGCAACACGCCGGCUAUCUACGUGGCUCCACCUCCUCCCCACCCGCUCCACCUGAACGAGAGCGGGAACGCCUGCUGCAUGACUCUCAACCACCCCACCAUCACCACCACCACCACCAUCAUCACCACCAUCACCAUCGGCCACCCCGCUUCUCUCGACCCCCUCUGCUCUCUGACUCGGGCCCAUCUCAGCCCUCAUAUCCAUACCGCACUCGCUCUACUGACACGCCUCUGCCGACCACCACCCACCCUCCACGCUCGCCACACCCCCCGCCGCUGGGGAAGUCUCUGUCUUACUCUAGCGCUGCUGCUGCAGAGAUGCAGUACCGCCUGGUCCGCAAAGCCUCAGCCUCGGUCGGGGUAGGGGGCAUACAGGCGCCAAAGGACGAGAUUCAGAUGAAGUCGUAUAGUCGGACAAACGGGCAGCCAAAACCUUCUUCCACCCCCUCGUCCCCCUCUAAUCCUGUCAGCGUGUCCACUCGCCCAGGUCAGGCGUAUUCCAGCGCUGGCUCUUCUCAGAGCCCCGCCCACAAGCCUGGAGGCGGGGUGAAGAAGGUGACUGGCGUUGGAGGGACCACUUACGAGAUAUCGGUGUGAGAUCUCGAGUCACUGUUCUGACCCGUGUUGUCAAGAAUGGAGCCAUGGAAUUAUUUUCUUCACUCUGUCUGGCGGACAUUUAUUGGUGCCCACAGGAAAGAUCUGAAAACUUCUCUUCAAAAUUGAAGCAGACCUCUGCUGUUAUUUUUUAAAACGGAUGUAAUGGUGACCAGAAGGUUUUGGUUGGAUAUAACAUGGAGGAGGAGGAGCAGGAGCAACUCAAGCCGUGACAUAGUGAACUUCAGGACUCCUCACCAGUAAGGAGCUGGAACACUUAAACGGUGUGACGGCAAAGGACCGGAUUGCCUUGAAAACAUUUCAGUACAUUACAA